GUUUGUCAAGUAUCAUCCUCGAGACCGUAAAAGUUUGCUCGUUGGAUAACAUGGAAAAGAAGCAUUGCGAAGCGUACGUACUUGCUCCAACACGGGUGUGUCAACGUUCAGAUUCUGACAGACGUGUAUGAGUUUAACGUUUAAUUCGUCAUUCGCGGACGACCCAAUUAUUCAGUUCACAGUCGUUGUACAUUGGUUUACGUACCUACGUUUCGUCGUGUCCCGUAUUACGAUUUGUAUCGCGUUCGUUUUACGUGUUUCUCCUUCUUUUUAUUUUUUUCUUUUUUUUUGCGGCAUUUUUACGCAGCUACAAUUACGCGCGUAAUAUUUUCGAGAAUCCGCGACCGCGUCUGUCGUCUCGUUAAAUUAUUAUCCGAGAAAUUCGCGCGUAAAUGUUUAAUCGAGGACACCCGACGAUGGUAAUAGCAAAAGUGAACACUUCAAGAACAAAGAGUUAAUUGGAAUAGCAAACUACAAGGGAAAGGCGAAGGAUGCGCGAAGAUGCGCACAUACGUACGCGGAGAGAAACUUUGACCGAGGAGAUAUCAGCGGUGAAACCGUAUUUGGGUUUUCGAGGCACAGUCGAAGGCGUCUUCAUCCCCAUCGUGCGAUACCGAGUCCCUUUAACGAUCCUCAAAUAUCCGAUGGUACCAUAAGCCAAACGAACUCAUUUUGGUCCAAGAGCCAAUUUAUUCUUUGCUACCGUGUCCCUGGUCAUCGAUGUCUAAUCAGAAUAUGAAUAAAACCUGGGUACACGGAGAUUCCAGGCGUCCAGCGAUGAAAAUGGAACCGAUCGAACACUGAAAGCGCAAAGCAUCGAUCGUGUUUAUCGAUCAUGGCCGGUUCCCGACACUUAAAAUCGUAUCGGAUAUCUGACGGAGCCAGAGUCGACGAGGGAGAAGAAGGUGAUUUCUGAAGGUCGCGAAAUCAGAGUCUAAAGAAUUAUCACGCGAUAAUGGCUCAUCGUCGUGGUCUACUUGACCGUCCGUAAUCUGCUUUUAGUGUUGUGGUAGUAAGAAUCGCGGCGUAUCCGUCGAUCCAAGCCGCUCGCGGCUUCGUUGUUCCGUCGCGUUCGGUCGGUUGGACCAAGUACGGGAUAAGUAGCAUCCAGAAGCGUGGAGUCGCGAUGAUACGCGACGGGAAACCGCGUUCCUUUCACGUCGCAGGUCUUCGCCGUUGCUCCUGACGUCGGCCCCCGGAGUCUGCAACCAAAGAAUGUCGAAGAAACAAUGGAUGGUCCUGCUGAUGCUGUUCUUGACUUACUUGCUGCUAGGUGCCUCCAUUUUCUACCAUAUCGAGAGCCGUCUGGAGAUCGAGCGCGUCGAGAAGGCCAAACAGGAACGCAUCGAGAUCAACGCGUUGCUUCACACGCACUACGUGCCCAGCAAUGUCCACAGUUAUGACGAGAUACUAAAAAAAUUGACGCGAUACUGUGGAAAGUCGGUCUACAAUUACACAGAGGACGAGAUGGACCCUCUGAAAUGGGACUUUUACAACAGCUUUUAUUUCGCCUACACCGUCGUCAGCACUAUAGGUUACGGGAACUUGGCCCCCACGAACAUACUGAGCCGGAUCUUGAUGAUAUUUUACGGCGUGGUAGGCAUACCUAUAAACGGGAUUUUGCUGACGCAGUUGGGAGAAUUCUUUAGCCACGUGUUCGUCAAAGCGCAUCAAAAGUACAAAUCGUACAAGCACGGCCGCAACGAUUAUCAUCCGAGAAAAUUGACCACGUUCGAGACGAGGAAACUCGGCCUCGCCGCGCAGAUCUUCGUUUACCUGACGCCCGGAUUCGUCAUGUUCAUAUUUUUCCCGGCGUUUCUUUUCUCCCAUUACGAGGGCUGGAGUUACGACGAGGCAGUCUAUUACGCUUUCGUCACGCUAACGACCAUUGGUUUCGGGGACUACGUGGCAGGGCAAGACAAUAGCAAAGGUAGCGGAGUGUUUUUCAUUCUGUACAAAAGCUUCCUGAUAUGCUGGAUCUCCUUUGGAUUGGGUUACAUCGUUAUGAUCAUGACAUUCAUCGCCCGCGGUAUGCGCAGCAAAAAGAUCACGAGAAUCGAACGUAAACUGGCGUUAAAUUUAAAGCACACGCAGAGUAAAAUAUGGAACGAAUUCAAUAAAGAGAUAGACUAUGUGCGCCGUGUCUUCAAUGAACUUCAACUGUCCAAAGUCAAGAGAGUGUACGUGGACGAAUGCAAUUACGAGGUCCCGCCGGCGAAGUUCCCGCGAAGCAACAGCUUUCCCGACCUUCGUGAUUUGCUGCAUGGCGCGAAAGGGAACGACAGUAUGCGUUACUACAGACCUAGACGUCGCGCCAACAGCGAAGUGGUGCCCACCGAGGAGGAUAAAAUGGCGCGCGUGGUCUCGGAGACGGACCUCCAGAGGAUCGACAAAACGGCAACCUUCGCGACCCACGCGAUGGUUCAGCCGGCAGAGCUCCUGGCGAGAUUGGUAAACAUUCUUGGCUACAUGCCGCCAGCCACCGACGAUAUCGGAGCCGAUGGCUCGAAUCAAACCACUUUCAUAGAGACGGAAGCCCUCCAGCGCAGCAAAGUCGACGAAAACGUCAAAGACCCGUCGUCGAGAAAGAACUCGAUGUUCGCGCCAAGUAACGUCGGGCCAGGCAACUGGGCGAUCGGUAACGAUCGAAUACUGCGCACUCAGCCCCGUUCGAGGGCAGCCAGCGAAAUCAGACUGCACGAAACUAAGAACGAGGAUCGUCACGUGGACUGGACGUGGUCCGGACCGACGGCCACCAGAAAGAUCCGCGAGAUGAUGAAGGCGCGUACGACCGAAACGUCGGGCAAGGAUAAUCGCGUCGCCAAGGAGGCCAAGUUCUCCAAGCUUCGUAACUUCUCGCUGGCCAAGUCCGUCCCGAAGGCGUUGAUUUCGUCCGCCGCUUGGAAGAAUCGUUUCACCUCCAGCACGGAGAAGAAGAGCGCGGAGGCGGAGCGCGAGAUCAAUAGCAAGGACGCCGCGGAAUUGUUCAUGGCGGGACUUUCGUCGCCCGAGGACAGACGACGGGACUCGAUCUUUGCUUCGACCUCCGAGGGGAAUUAUUACACGCACACGGGGGCUGGUAACAACGAUCCCUCGGAGGCGGAAGGCGGUAAUCUGCUCGAGGAAACCAGCUUGGCCGAUUUCCUAAGGGCUCUGACGUUGUUGCACGCCAGCGUCGCCACCACCGGCAGCUGGACCGCCGGGGUCACCGACGACGAUCCGACUGAGCGAGAAUCUCGACCGCGAAGAAAAAUGGGCACAGCUUCCCUGUCGCCACCGAAACUUCCCAGCCUUUUCACCUUGUUCUCCCCUCUGCCCGGCUCCACCACGCAGAGCAAUCAAAAUACCAUCACGCAAGAAUCAAACGGAUCGUCGCUGGCUCAAAUCGGUCGGGACGUGAGACGGGGCAGCUUGGCGUUCAUCGCUCCUGCGACCGUGAAACCGAGACGAUUUUCUCUGAGGCCAGUGGCGACGCCCAUCAGCCCCCCAACGCCCCCGAGCAGCGGUUCGCCGUUUCUAUCGGACUCGCGACGAGUGCCGUAUGAAAACAACUCGACGUUUGUGUUCGACUCGCACAAGGAGCCCCUCAUUCGAACGGAAGGUGCACCGGGUCUGUCAUCGCCGAUGGUAUCGCAACCACCACCCCCGCCAACCGCAAGCAGUCGACCUUUCCCAUUAAGACCCGCUCAGAAUCAAGGUGGAAUCUCAACGGUAGGAAGCACGACUCCCGUCGUUCCUGCGCUGAAAGCUAUACCUCGUUGGAAGGCUGGCAUGCUCCAACGGCAAAUCGGUCAAAAGAAUCUUCGACGUCGGGUCAGGGCCUUCAGUCUGAGCGACGUUCACGUGGACGAUCUUAAGGAAAAGACCACAGAGUCCGUUAGUCCAUCAUCCAAUAUCUAUGCAAAGAGAAACAGUCGCGAUAUAUUACGUAAAAAUGAUGGUUCGCGCGAGGCCAGCGACGAACCCGCGAGAUCUGUCGAGAGUUCAGAUCCAAGAGAUACUACGAACAUUCGAUUCGAGGACAAAAGCACUUUGCCGUCGACGGAACGUGCUAUGCCAUAUCCGCGAUCGGAUGGAAAUGGAGGAAAGGAACAAUCAUUCAAAGAUAAUCCGCCAGUUACCCGUAACAAUGAAUAUACUCCGUCCGUCAUUACCGAUAUAAAAUCGUGGCAACCAUUGGUGGAAGUGAAAGUAGAAACUCCCGUUGUGGGUUCUGUUCAAGAUUCCGUUUCAAAAAUAAAUACCGGCGUACCCGGAACGGACUUUCUCGAUCUCACGGAACUGAAAAUCGAGAAACCCAAGCCAAAUUCUAGUUCGAGCGAAUCGUGACACAACGCCAUU